AUGCUCUCAGAACUACCAGUGGAGCUGCUUGAUCUCACUUUUUCAUUCCUCGACCAGGACGACACUGCAACAUGGACAGCUCUUUGCACGACCAGUAAAUUGUGCCAAAAGCUGGCCACGGCGUACCUAUAUGGGAAGGUAAAUUUGUCCAGCAGUAAUGAUGGGCUGAAAGGAUGGGCCGAACACUCCGAACUACUUGCUGAACGCGUCCAACUCAUUUGUCGAACCUUUGUGGAGAACAUGGCUCUGGCAAAACUUGUCGAGACACUGGUGUGGCCUCAUCUGGAUGACUACUACGUGGAGACCAAUUCCAGCAAGGAGUUCCAAACUCUUCUCAUUGACGAUUUGAAGCAGAGAGGUCUGCCGCGAGACUUUGCUCGCACACUCGCAAGGUACGAUACACGUUCCACUUUGGCCGUGGUUGUGAUCCACCUCUGUUCCGAAAUCAACACGCUGGAGCUGACGGGCGUAGACGGGAAUACUGUCGAUAACUUGCAGCUCUACAUGGGCCAAGAUUCUCCAGAUUUCCAUGUUGGCCUGAAGCAGGUCUCUCACGUCCGACUACACUUAUAUUACGGGAGCAGUGGACGUAAGACCGACAAUUUUGAUUUCUUUUUACGUUUGCCGGCCCUUCAAAGCAUGGUCGUCAGCAAUGUUCCAAGAUUGAACUACGUCGUUCGAGAUAUACCCUUUUUCGAUAGUUCUAUCAAAUACCUAGAAUUGACGCACUUCAAAGCGCAUUCUGACGACCUUGAACGGCUCCUACGACAUUGUGUCAAUCUCGAGAUACUCCGCAUUCAGUUCACUGGUGACAGGUUCCACCGGCGCCUGGAUUACGGUGGUAGUGGUGGUAUUGGCAAUAUUCUGCGUGACAAUACUCAGCAAUUACAACAUCUAGAGUUGGACUAUGAAUGGGAGGAGCCAUACCCUUUGAGCCCGAUGGAUCUCGCUACAAACGAACACAAUCCAGAUUAUCCGCUUUCAGGCCUGGGAGAUCUGUCUCCAUUGAAGAGUCUGCGACGGUUCCGACUAGCAAAGAGCGCUCUACUUGGUACACACCAUCAAGAUUCUCUCGAGGACGAGGUCGGAGCCAAUCACCCAAUCACACUGGAGAAUGCCUUCCCAGAUUCGAUUGAGGAGGUGGAGAUCAUAUGUCCAGAGAAACAGUUCUCAGCAGAUGACAUGUCACUCUUUCAAACCCCUGGAGUCGAAAGAUUGCGAAAUCUCACCAUCUUCAACUGCACGAAGGAUCGCUGGGCCUCCAAGAAGUACGGCGAGGGCUGUGCGAGUGAGCAGCAGUCAUGA